AUGGCAGAUAGUGAGAGGAGAAGUUUGGUGCGGAGCAUCAAGAGAGACCUGCUCACUCUUCCUGAGGACGAACUGAUCCUAUUCGCCAAGUCACUGGGACCCAUGCCCGGAGUGGACCUGUCACGUCAGAGGAUGAGGAGAGUUGUUUCCAGUGCAUCAGUGUCGCUACGGACUUACCUGAUGUUAAAAGUCAAAGACUGGCUAAGCUUAUUGAUGAGGCUGUUCGAGCUGCAUGGAAUGGGAGCCACGCCGCCCAGCAGAAAGACGUCGCUUGGGUCGCCGCUCUCAACACUACUGCCCCGGACUCCCACCAGCCUCUUCCUGCCAAAUUGA